AAAAAAAAACAUACACAAGGGGGGUGCGGAAGGAGUCAGCUGACUGCCCCGUGACUGUCAGGCAGCCCGGAAGAGGCAGCAGGCUGCCGGUGGGGUUGUUCCCGGUCUUCACGGUAGGAUGUUCGGGCUGGACGAGGAAGAUGCGGACUUUUUGUCCCCUUCUGGAGGGGCAAAGCUGGCUUCUCUGUUUGGGAUGGACCAGACGGUGUCCGCACAGGGAAAUGAGUCCUUCCAGUACACUGCGCCGAAGCAGCCGAAGAAGGGCACGGCGCCAGCCGGUACAAAAUCCCCCAAACCACCCGGAGCCGGCGGAGCCGCCCCAUCAGUUCUCUACGCCACAGCGGUGCAUGCCUAUAAAUAUGGGAAUGGACAGUAUAUGAAGCAGGGCAAGUUUGGGGCGGCUGUUCUGGGUAAUCACACUAGUAAGGAGUACAGGAUCCUGCUCUACAUCAGCCAGCAGCAGCCGGUCACCACCGUCCGGAUACAUCCCGGAUUUCUCUUCACGGUCCAGCUGAAUAAUUACGCCGCUUUCUACGAUGACCAGAGGCAGAGUUGGUCGGUCAUGUUCGAGUCCGAAACUUCUGCGGUGGAAUUCAGUAAACAGGUCUGCCUCGCCAAGUGUAACAGCGCCCCGACUAUUGAUGCCGUGGUCUCCCAGGAUCUCCUCCCCGGUGAUGGACAAGCUGCAGAUAUAGGAGACUUAAUGGAAGUCGCCUACACCGGAUGGUUGUUCCAGAACCAAGGGAUCGGACAGAUGUUUGACUCCAAUGUCCAGAAGGAUAAGUUGCUGCGCCUGAAGCUGGGCUCCGGUAAAGUGAUCAAGGGCUGGGAGGAUGGAAUGAUAGGGAUGAUGAAAGGCGGCAGAAGGCUCCUGGUGAUCCCUCCAGCACUCGCAUACGGUUCUCAGGGACUGACCGGCAGAAUUCCCUCUAAUGCCACCCUCAUUUUCGAGGUGGAAGUGAAGCGGAUGAAGCAGAAGGAUCAGGGGUCAGACAGGCAGAGCAUCGGUUCGCGUGAUUCCCCGGUGUCUAUCACAGACAGUAUUCCUGCUGAGAGUCUUCCUCAGCCGCCAACAUCGGUGCCUCCAAAACCUGGGGAUCCGGAUGUUCGUGCCAAGUCUAACUCUAUCAGUGAGCAGCUGGCGAAUCCUGAUAUGGCGAAGGCGAAGCUCAUCUCCCGCAUGGCAAAAAUGGGUCAGCCCAUGUUACCCUUCCUCGCGGGGAGUUCCACCCCACAGCCGGACUCCAGUGACUCUGAAAUUGAGGACCCGAACACACAGCGCAUCUCGCCACAUCCCGCAGCCCCCCUCCCUGUCCGGCCCACCGCGCACCAUCCUCAUAUAGCCGCUCCAGUCCCUCAGCAGCAGCCAAUAGCGGGGCUCCCCGUCUCCUCUGCCGCCCUGUUACCUGUGGGGCCCCUUCCCUCCCAGGCCGCUCCAGCUCCUGGCUUCCAGCCGUACACUGGAAUCCAGUAUACGUAUCCACCGAACCCUACAUCCCAGCUGCAGCCGGUGAGCCAUGUCUACCCCGCGCCCGUUCAGCAGCCGGCGGCUUAUCAAGCGUCGGGUGAUGUCACGUCGUUCCUGAUGACGGAGGCGCGGCAGCAUAGCACAGAGAUCCGGAUGGCUAUCGGCAAAGUCAUUGAUAAGAUAGACAACCUGGCGUGUAAGGUGGACAAUCUACAGAAGGAGAAUUCAUCUGGAGCCUCACAUCUCCUCCCAGGAAUAUCGUCCAUCACCAUGGAGAGCGCCAUGAUCAUGAAUAAUAUCCAGCGUAUCAUCCAGGAAAAUGAACGUCUGAAGCAGGAAGUUCUGGAUAAGAGCAGCCGGAUAGAGGAGCAAAAUGUGAAGAUUGGGGAACUAAUAAAUCGCAACCAGAGGUACGUUGAACAGAGUAAUAUGUUAAUGGAGCAGAGGAACGACUCUCUGAACACUUCAUCUGAGAACACACAAGCAAAGAUGCUCCAUGCCAUGCAAGAAAAGCAUGCUUUGCAUAUGGAUCUGGGCAGGUACCAGGCCAAAGUAGCCGAAGAACUCGCCGCCGCCACCGGCCAGUUGUCCCGUCUGCAGCUGGAGGUGACCGCUUACCAGAAGAAGGAGAUGGACCUGCGCACCCAGCUCGCCGCCUCCUUGCAGGAAGCAGAGAAGUGUCGGGUGGAGCUCGGCUCGCUGCAGGCUCAGCUUAUAGAGAUGAAAGAGACGUCGGAACAGACGAAACACCGCGCCAAAGCUGAGAAGGACAGCCGCCGCACCCUGGAGCUCAAACUGACUGCCAUGGAAGACGAAAUCUCAGACUUGAAGAUAGAGAAGGAGAAUCUAGAAAAGAGUCUGUCUGAGAGAAAGAAGAAGUCGCAGCAGGACAGGCAGCGGGCAGAGGAGGAGCAGGAGGAGCUGCGACGAAACUUCCAGGAGGACAUUGAGAAUCUGAGGCGGCAGCUGAAAAAAAGCCGCGAACAGGCGACUGCUAAACAGUCGUCCUCCCGGGAGAUGGAUGAGGAGAAGGUGACGGAGCUCCAGGAUCAGGCUGCCCAGUUACAGCCCCUGAAGGAGAAGUGCGCGAAGUUACAGAGCCAGAUAACUUCUCUCAAUGACCAACUCCGGGAAAUCCGUGCCAGCGAAAGUGACCUGCUGUCUGCGAAAGACCUCGCCGAGAAGAGACUAUCCCGACUCCAGGAGGGGGCAGCACAGCUGGAGCCUCUGAGACUGAAGUGUGAACAGCUCCAGACUCAGGUCGCAUCAUUAACGGAACAACUAAGGGAGGCGCAGGAGACUAGAGGUGACGGACAUCCGGUCAGCGAUCCUGCAGAGGAGGUGAAGAAGAUCAUGAACGGCGUGUUCCAGUCCCUCAGAAAAGAGUUUGACUUGGAGGAGUCCUACACUGGACGGGCAGUGCUGGGAACCAUCAUGGGCACCAUAAAGGCGACUACACUACAGUUACUUAACAAAACUCAGGACGAGCAACCGGCGGUGAGCAGCAGUGAGGAGGAAGAUGAGGAGGACGAGGCCGAAAUAGAGGCACAACCUGAGUCACAUGUUCCUACAAUGUCUCCUCCCCCCGGUGUACCCGUCUCAGCAGACCAUGGACAGAUUGAGGAGACUCCAGAGACUAAAGACCUGGUCAAUGGGUAUCUAAGCCAAGAAGCCCCCACAGUGGUGGAGGAGGAGCAGCAGGAAGAGGAAGCGGUGAAGGUGAUUGAGGAGGAUCUGGAUACCCCCUCAGCUCUCGUACACAUGAUCUCCAGCGAUAUGUCGGAGUCCAGUAUUGUUACCGCCGUGGAGGAGAUUGCCAAAGAGUCUGCAGAGGACAGUUCUGUAAAAGCAGAGACUGUCAGUAAUGCUGCAGAGGUCAAAGAACCUUCUCCAGAGAUUGAGGAGGACCUGAAGGGAGACGAUCCGGAACACGAAGAGCUUACCGCCCCCUUAUCUAAGGCCAAUGACUUAGAUGAUGAGAAACGGGAAGAUCCACCCCCGCUUGGGAGCGAUGAGGAGAGUGGCAGUAGUCCUGUACCCCCGAAGGGAGACAUCCCAGUCCUCAGCUCUACCAGAAGUCCUGAGACACAAGGGAAGGCGGACGUCAGUCCUGUCAAGGGGAAGAAGACAACUAGUGUCAGUCUGGCUGAAUCCGAUGAAGAAGAUUUAUUCAAAGAUGCGUCUCCUGCGACCAAAGCGAAACACGAAGAGGAAGAAGAGGAGGAAGUAAGCAUGAAGGGACAUCCUCCCCCGGCGCCUCUCUUCGGAGAUGAUGAAGAAGAUGAUGACUUGGACUGGUUGGGGUAACUAUAACCAUCAGGCCUUAUACGGGUGACCUUCAUAGACUGCACAGCAACAUCUCAAGCACAUGAGAGCGCAAGCGCCAGAAUACUGGAGGAAACAUGAACUUCUUAAGUUACGAGCCGCUGCGGUCGGCGCCGAGGAAUCCGCCUCUGUUCCAGUCUUAAAUAUAUAUAUAUAUUCAGUUGUGCUGGUAAAAUAUAAUUAUCGACUGCGGAUCAGAACCUACACCUGAUGACAUCACAUAUCAACUGCUGCCUACAGGUACAGUGCAUUGUGGGAGAGGACUCAUUACCCAGAAUGCAUUGUGGGGGGGGAGGUCAUUCAUUACCCUGAAUGCAUUGCAAGAGAGCACUCAUUACCGAGAAUACUUGGGCUAGUGUUUUCCAACCAGGGUGCCUCC